ACCGGUACAAAGGAAUCGCCGUCGCCGAGACCAUUGGUUCAGGCUCAGUCGUCAAUUUAGGCACGCGUGUAAUUCAACCUGAUGAAGAAUUAGGCGAAAAAGAGGGCGUGGAGACUGGAGAGAAGGGUUUUAGCUCACUACGCAUCCAUGGAGAUCGGAGCGAGUUGUAGGGUUUUGAAGCAGCCCCAAUUUUUAUGCGCGGCAAAGGGUUUUCAAAAUCCUAGACAACUCCCAACUGCUCUCCGAAAUGGUUCCCUCUACAAGCCGCCCAGAAGCUUCCUUUGCAAAGCCAUUCUCAAAGACUUCCAAGUACCCAUGGAAAAGAAGAAGAUCAACGUUGUACACGAGCUUUCGAGUUUGGUGGCUUUGUCUCCCUUGGAUGGUCGUUAUUGGGGUAAGGUCAGGGACUUGGCCCCCUAUCUGAGCGAAUAUGGGUUGAUCUUCUACAGGGUUCUGGUUGAGAUCAAAUGGCUGUUGAAGCUUUCGCAAAUUCCUGAAAUCUUAGAGGUCCCAAGUUUCAGUGAAGAUGCUUCUUCUUUCUUACAAGGACUAAUUGACAAUUUCUCUGAGGAUGAUGCCUUGGAGAUUAAAAACAUUGAGAAAGUGACGAAUCACGAUGUAAAAGCAGUUGAAUAUUUCUUGAAACAGAGGUGUCAACCGCAUCCUGAGAUUUCUAAGGUGCUUGAAUUUUUUCAUUUCUCUUGCACAUCCGAGGACAUUAACAAUCUUGCCCAUGCACUCAUGCUAAAGGAAUCAUUGGAAAAUGUUAUUCUUCCUUUCAUGGACAAGCUGACAAAUGCAAUAUGCAACAUGGCCAAAGAUAACGCUCACAUUCCCAUUCUUUGUCGCACCCAUGGACAGCCAGCAUCGCCUUCAACCUUGGGCAAGGAAAUGGCAAUUUUUGCAGUCAGACUAAGUAGAGAAAGGUUGGAAGUUGCCAAGGUCAAGAUAAUGGGGAAGUUUGCUGGUGCUGUUGGAAAUUAUAAUGCACAUCUUGUUGCAUAUCCAAAUGUUAACUGGCCUAAAGUGGCUGAAGAGUUUGUAAACUCUUUGGGUUUGAGUUUCAAUCCUUACGUAACUCAGAUUGAAACUCAUGACUACAUGGCGAAACUCUUCUUUACCAUUGUGAGAUACAACAAUAUCUUGAUUGACUUUGACAGAGAUAUUUGGGGUUAUAUAUCUUUGGGCUAUUUUAAACAGAUAACAAAGGCAGGUGAAAUUGGUUCUUCGACAAUGCCUCACAAAGUAAAUCCUAUUGAUUUUGAAAAUAGUGAAGGUAAUCUGGGCGUGGCUAAUGGAUCAUUGGCUCAAUUAAGUGAGAAAUUACCCAUAUCUCGGUGGCAGCGUGACUUGACUGAUUCUACAGUUUUAAGGAACAUGGGUGUUGGACUUGGUCAUUCUCUUCUUGCCUACAAAAGCACACUUCAGGGGAUUGGAAAGCUUCAGGUUAACGAAACUUGUAUCAAUGACGAUUUGGACCAUUCAUGGGAGGUCCUUGCCGAACCAAUACAGACAGUCAUGCGACGAUACGGCGUCCCAGAGCCUUAUGAGAAGCUAAAGGAACUAACCAGAGGAAAAACAGUGACUAAGGAAAACAUAAGAAGAUUCAUUGAAGGCUUGGAAAUACCUAAGGAAGCGAAGACAAAUCUGUUGAAUCUAACCCCUCAUAGCUAUGUUGGAGCAGCGGUUGAAUUGGCCAGGGAUGUGGACAUGGCCGUGAAUCUUGUGAACAGAGGAGAGCUCUUCUAAAUUAUUAUAAGGGGGCACUGGUUCACAAGGUCACAGUUUUGCGAUAUUUUUCCAAAUUUCAUAAUGUUACAAAUGUUGAACAUUUGAGUAUACAACUCCAUUCAAGCCCCACAUCCCUAUUUCAAACCUAUAUGCAAGACUAUAGGUUAUGUAUGUGUAACUUAAUAAAUGCUUGAAGUUUGUGAGAGAAACUGUUUUGUGUAUUUUGGAAAGGAAAAUAUUUGGUUCUGGGAGGAUCAAA